UGACGUCAGCGGGCGCGCGUCCAGCAGGGGGCGCGCGGCGCCGCGAGUCCCGCAUUGUUUGGAUCAGCUGUGCGCGGGUGACUGUGAAACCCCACCCAAUGAGGAAGACCGACCCGCGAGCAGCAGCAGCAGCAGCAGAUCCGGACCGAACCGCACCAUGAUCGCGCUCUUCAACAAGCUGCUGGACUGGUUCAAGGCGCUCUUCUGGAAGGAGGAGAUGGAGCUGACGCUCGUCGGCCUGCAGUACUCCGGAAAAACCACCUUCGUCAACGUGAUUGCGUCGGGUCAGUUCAGCGAGGACAUGAUCCCGACGGUCGGCUUCAACAUGCGCAAGAUCACCAAGGGAAACGUCACCAUCAAGCUGUGGCGCUGCUUCAGGAGCAGCGCCUUCAGGAGCAUGUGGGAGAGAUACUGUCGCGGGGUCAGUGCUAUCGUGUACAUGGUUGACGCGGCCGAUCCGGAGAAGAUCGAGGCGUCGAAGAACGAGCUGCACAACCUGCUCGACAAACCUCAGCUGCAGGGGAUCCCGGUCCUGGUUUUGGGCAAUAAGCGAGAUCUUCCCGGAGCUCUGGACGAGAAGGAGCUCAUCGAGAGAAUGAACCUGUCUGCCAUCCAGGACCGAGAGAUCUGCUGCUACUCCAUCUCCUGCAAGGAGAAGGACAACAUCGAUAUCACACUACAGUGGCUGAUCCAGCACUCUCGGACCCGACGGAGCUGAGGAGGCGGAGCCGGCAUCUGAUUGGAGCAACCGCAUCAUGUGAUCAACUGCAUUUUAGGCGCUCUUGAUUUGGUUCUAAACAAACAAGCCUCCGCCCCUCCCUCUGUUCUUAUAAACUAAUCCACAUCAUUUACAUCGUUUCAACGUUGAUUUUUACUUUUACUUGAAUGUGCUUUUUUACGGUUCGUCUUGAAGUCACAUGGCGCGCCGCGUGCUUGCUCGGAGACGGGACCGAACCGGAACCGGCGCUCGAAGCUCACGUGAUUUUGGCUGUUCGCGCCGCCAUCUUGUUUUUAGCGUUCCAGCGUCGCGAGAACAUUCCACGUGCUCUCUGGUCGUUCACUGAGAGAAUUCGUUAACGUACACUAUUGUUUUGCGUUUAGCAAGAUAUUACUCGUUAGUAUUAUUAGCCUGUUAGCAUGACCCAGUGCUAGCGUCGCUGUUUUUUUAAAAGAACGAGACGUCACGUCGGCAUCGAGGUCACAUGGUUUGCGUUAAUAUUGUAGCAUUACGAAAUCUUUUUAUCUGAAAGCACACGAAUCAUUUUGAAGAGUUUAACGCGUCCAAAUGAAGGUUUUAUACGUUUCUUUUGAGUCGCUGCGACUGCGGCCUUGUCGUCGACGUGGGUUGGUUGUCAUGGCAACCAUUCCAAUCGAGUUAUUCUUUAUUUUAUUUUACAUUUUUUAGGACCGUCGGUCUGCGAGCGCAUGCAGAGCAUCAUCAGUGUUUUCUUUUCUUUUCGCCGGGACUCGAGAUGAGGCGAACCCUGCGCGAAUCUCCUGCUUAUUCCAGUGUUUUUCGGGAGAGAAGAUGAUUUUUAUCGCUUUAUUUCGUUUACAGUUUUGUUCUCGUCACGCGUGCGGAUGUCUCUGGCCUGAAUCAUAACGGUUUAUGAACGCACCGGUAGAUUAUACAUAUGUAAAUUGACAUGUUUUGGUUGUUUUUGGCAUGUUUUUACUCAUGUUUUUUCACAGUGUUUUUCAACUGGAUUAUGUAAAUAGCAACUUAAACCAAAUGAGAUCUCCCUCCCGAGCGUCACGGUGUUUGUCUUAGUGUGAUUAGCGUCCUACGAUGAUAAAAAAUAAUGAUAAUAAUAAUAAUAAAGAAGACCCCGCUCAUAUCACAGCAAUCUGAACAAAUGGAUUGUGUGUGUGUGUGUGUGUGUGAGAGUGAGAGAGAGUGUGUGUGUGAUGGUGUUUGUUGGCCGUCAAGUAGACUAGAAUAUUUACUUUAUAAAUGCCGAAGGUUUACUCUGUUGAUUUUUCGCAGCUGUUGAUCACUUUAUAUUCACCCUAGUCUUGAGUUCAUGGCAGCGAACGACUCAAUGCAACAAAAUGGCGGCCAUGGACGCCGCUGCACGUGUUACGAAGUCGUGUUACACUUCACUUAGAUGUUACGACACUGGUUACAGCGAUAACCUUACUUACAAAAGGUGUUUUUACUACGAUAUUACUGUCGUUGAGAAGUGACGCUAACAGCUUUGUUGACGCUAGCGGGUAUUUACGAAGUAAAUAACAUAAAAUAGUAUGAUAAAGUUGAUUUUCACAAAGUAGUUUGCAAAGUCAACCUAUGAAGUAAUAUUCAUAAUUAACAGCAGCGCGGUUUUCACGCAGUUUGGUUGCGUGAUCACGUUCAGAAACGCCUUUGACGUCGCUCUUGACGAAUGGUUGAAGUUCACUUCAGAUUUGAACGGAAGUCGUUCUCGUGAAGUUCUGAUCGCAAUUGACUUUGCUGCUUAACGUGGACUAGACGUCUCUUAGAAGUCGGUGUAACCAAAUCAACUUUGUUGAUUGUAACGACAUCGUUUUACGAAUUUAUACUAAUGAAGUCAUUUUCUUUAUUCGCUUGGUUGGUAAAGAGGAUUCCAACUAUCGCGAGACUUUGUGUGCAGUGCGGUCUGACGUCACUUUGUUGCGUUGCGUUACUUAAUUGAACGCUGAUCGCAGAACGUUAGUUUUUCUGCUUUUCUUCAUGGACACGAGCUCCUCUGGGCUCUACUCGACUUCUGUACGCGUGUUGAUUUUAUUAUUAUUUUUUUAUGUCUAAUUACAUGUGGCCAUAAUGUUUGUUUUGAUUUUUUUUAAAUCAUUUGUAACGGCGUCGCGCUCAUUUGUUUGCUGGGGAGUCACGCGCUUUCCCCCCUUUGCAUGAAUUCAUUAUGGGAUGGAGCCGGUUGCCAUAGUUACUGUAUAAUCAGCGUGUGAUUGGACCGGAGCUUGACGAUGUUCUUUCCCCCUCUUUAUAUGGACAAGUAACUUUUUAAAGCAGUCACGUGACCGGUGUUUCUGUACCAGACUCGAUCAGUUCAGUUCUUCAUUUGGGAUCUUUCUAUUCUCUCGUACUCGCGGUGAUAACUGUACAUGUUGUUCUUGUUAUUUACAGAUUAUUUAAAAAUGAAAUUAAAUGAUUUCCCUCUCAGAA